CACAAAUUUCUUAUCUUAUUUUUUUCUUUUCCGAGUCAACAACUUUUCUUUAAUACAUUCGUAUAAUUGAUAUUUUGAAAAUAUAUUUGUUAGUUGAUAAAAAAUGUACUCUGUCUCUCUUUCUCUCUCUCUCUCUCUCUCUCUCUCUCUGUCUUCUUUUGGAAAAAAUAAACGUUAUCGUCACCGAGAAUGAAUUAUUUGAAUGAAUCUAUUGAUUAAUUUAUUAACGUCAUUGCUUUCGAAAAGUUCAGAUCGUCUGGAAAGUUCUCUCUUUCGGUUUGUUUACCGGUAAAACCAAUCGACUCCGUUAUCGGAUAGAUUCAAUCGUGAACGUUAAUAUUUUUUAUUCUUUAGAUACGUUAAAGCGCGGUAGAAAAAAAGGAUUGUCGAAGGGUAAAAUAGAAAUAAUAGAGGUAAUAGAAAUUUGAAAGAAAAAAGGAAAGAAAACUUGGAAGUGAUUAUCGUGAAGAGUUCAUCAUCGAUGAGAUUUCAAAAGAUAAAAGAAAGAAAAAGAGAGAAAUAGACCCGUUUCAGACAAUCAUUAAUAGCAUAGCCGUGUGUUUAAGUGAAGUGACGACCUAACCCAACCUAAUCUCCAUCUAUUCCUCUCUCUCUCUCUCUCUCUCUCUCUCUUUCUCUCUCUCUCUCUCUUUUUCUAAUUUCUUCGUCACCGUUUACCUGAAUUUUUUGAAUACCGCGCGUUUCUUCAGCGGGGUAACAAUUCAAGAUGGCGUCCUCGGAAAUAAGAGAAAACGACGAAUAUGGACUUGGAUAUCAGAACACUUUGAUUAUAAUGCGCUAAAGCCGUUACCUAAGUUUCGAUUGAAACGAAAUCGAAAUCGUAAUAUACUGGUUAACAAUGGCGAAUCAAACAACGAAGAAGGAACUCUUGGAGGAGAGCCUGCAUCAUCAUCAUCCGGAGGGCAAUGAGGAAGAGGUUGACAAAGAGUGGGAGGAAUUUACGAGACUGAUGGCCAAGUUGAAGGAAAAUCGGCGAAAUAGGCCGCAUAGACCUUCACAAGCCUUCUACCCGUGUCCUCUACCAAGUCCUGAAGAGGAGCAACAGGAUUUCGAUCCCUUCGACUAUAUAAACACGAUUAUGUAUGGUCGCUAUACGAAGGACCUUGGUGAAUACGCAAAAGAAGAGGCAAGAAGACUCAAGUAUCAUGAUAAGGCAAGAAAGAAGUACGACAAGACGAGGGCCGAGGAUCUUCGAAAAUCUCGAAGAGGUCCAUUGUGUAGAAAACUCUUGGCCUUGCUUGCCUUCGCUUGGAAACACACAGGAGCUAGAUUGGGCGAAGAUUGGGUAUUCCUAGCGCUUUUGGGUGUUAUCAUGGCACUCAUAAGUUAUGCCAUGGAUCGUGGGAUUUCAAUGUGCAACAACGCUAGAAUAUGGCUCUAUCAAGAUCUGACGUCUCAUCCGGCGCUUCAGUAUCUCGCUUGGGUGUCAUUGCCCGUUUGUCUGAUUUUAUUCAGUGCUGGUUUUGUACAUAUCGUGGCACCACAGAGUAUAGGUUCUGGUAUACCAGAAAUGAAGACGAUUUUAAGAGGUGUAGCUUUGAAGGAGUAUUUAACUUUCCGGACUUUAAUAGCAAAGGUGAUCGGUUUAACAGCCACUUUGGGCUCAGGCUUGCCACUUGGUAAGGAAGGUCCAUUUGUCCAUAUCGCCAGCAUCGUUGCGACUCUCCUAUCAAAAUUAGUCACCAGUUUUCAAGGCAUUUAUGAAAAUGAAAGUAGAAAUUGUGAAAUGUUGGCUGCAGCCUGUGCGGUUGGUGUCGCAUCAUGUUUUGCGGCACCCAUCGGUGGUGUCCUCUUCAGCAUCGAAGUCACCACAGUUUACUUCGCAGUACGGAAUUAUUGGCGUGGUUUCUUCGCUGCCGUUUGUGGUGCCACGAUGUUUCGACUCCUAGCUAUAUGGUUUCAAAGAGAAGAAACUAUCACGGCCAUGUUCGUCACUAAUUUUACCAUGGACUUCCCGUUCGAUCCUUAUGAACUUUUUGUGUUCGCUCUUAUUGGUGUUGGAAGCGGUUUGAGUGGUGCAUUCUAUGUAUGGUUGCAUCGUCAAUAUGUUAUAUUUAUGAGAAAAAAUAAGAGUAUGAACAGUUUCCUUCAGAAAAAUCGCUUUUUAUAUCCUGGUAUCGUAUCCCUUCUGGUAUCAUCAGUAUCGUUCCCAUUGGGAUUAGGUCAGUUCAUGGCAGGUGAUUUGAAUACUCACGAUCAAGUAUUUGGGCUUUUCACAAAUUUCACGUGGACGAAGGAUAACUUGGGCGUCGAAGAAAACAACAUAGUCAAGCAUUGGUCGACCCCAUACACUGACGUCUUCAUUGGUCUCCUGAGCUACGUUCUCUUCACUUUCAUCUUUUCCAUCAUAAGUUCGACAGUGCCUGUACCGUCUGGCAUUUUCAUCCCGGUUUUCAAAAUCGGUGCAGCACUUGGAAGAACCGUUGGCGAGGCUAUGGCCCUUUGGUUUCCACAUGGUGUUCGAUAUGGUGGAAUUAUCACUCCCAUUAUACCAGGUGGUUAUGCUACUGUAGGAGCAGCUGCUUUUUCUGGUGCCGUAACACAUACCAUAUCCGUAAGCGUUAUCAUUUUCGAAAUGACAGGACAAAUCACUCAUAUAGUACCAAUAAUGAUAGCAGUUUUAAUCAGUAAUGCGAUCGCCGCACUUUUACAACCAAGCAUAUACGAUAGCAUUAUACUUAUCAAAAAGUUACCUUAUCUACCGGAUCUUCUGCCGUCGAGUUCAGGUAUGUAUAAUGUUUACGUCGAAGACUUCAUGGUUCGUGACGUGAAAUACAUUUGGCACGGCAUCACUUAUCAAAGACUCAAAGAGAUACUUAAGGAGAAUCGUAAACUUCGUGGCUUUCCACUGGUAGAUAAUCCAGAAUCAAUGAUACUAUUGGGUUCAAUUCAAAGGCUUGAAUUGAUCAAAUUAAUAGAAAAACAUAUUGGACGUGAAAGGAGAUUACAAGUCGCACAAAAAUGGCACAAAGAAGCAGAGGAAAGAGCAAGAGAAGAGAUGGAACGUCAAUUGAGAGAACAAGAAAAAACAAGGAGACCUUCCAGAUUUGAAGUUAUCCCAGCUCCGGACAUUCUUAAAAUGCAAAGGCAAAGUGUUAAUGAUCUAACGAUGUCGGCAAAUAACGGUGGUGGGCCGGAUCAUCAUACGUAUCAUUCACCGGUCUUCGGGACCCAACCAAAGAAAUCUAUUUUAAAGAAAACCAAUUCCUUUACUUUGAAAGGAUUUAGUCCACUAGUCAGCCCAGCUGUUACACCGUAUACAACGGUUACUGGAGCAGAAAGCAGAAUACGUCUAGCCUUUGAAGCGAUUUUCCGAAAAUCAGCAACUUUGCAGGAUGUUGAUCCAGAUCCAGAAAUGGGUACUACUACCAGACGUGAAAGUCAAGAUUGCAUAGAUGCUCAGGCACAUCAACCUAUGCUUUCUUCUAGUCCAGCUACAUCGAAAAAAGUACAAUUGCCAAGGGAGAGAGUAAUCGAUAUGUCAGCUGAGGAUCAGAAAAGAUGGGAAGAAAGUGAGAUGGCUCUCGAAGUAGACUUUUCCAGAUGUCAUAUAGAUCCAGCACCGUUCCAGCUUGUAGAAAGAACAUCUUUACUAAAAGUUCAUAGUCUUUUUAGCAUGGUUGGUGUAAACCAUGCGUAUGUGACAGCUAUUGGAAGGUUGGUCGGAGUAGUGGCAUUAAAAGAGUUGAGGAAAGCUAUCGAAGACGCUAAUGCAGGAAUUUUGCCGAUGCACGCAGAAUCGCAUGUCGAUGCGUCAAAUUCCAGUUUAGUGAAGAGUGAAACUGAUGGAGAAAAUAAAAACGUCAGUGCAAUGAACUCCGUUGUUUCGAUUGAAAAUGAAAAAGUUGAAAAAGUCUGAGAGAGAGAGAGAGAGAGAGAGAGAGAGACGCGAAUGAACAGAAAAGUAAAGAAAGAAAAGAAAACAAAAAGGAAAAAAAAAAUGAAACAACAAAUGUGAUAGUCACGUUGCACGCUGUUGGUAGCGUGACCUGGAAGAUGCACUUGCAAGAUGCGCCUCUUUUACCUGUUACCCACAUUAUUCUUUUUUCUUUUUUUUUUUUACGAUCUUAUAUCUUCCUAUGGUACAUGUAUAAGCAACAAGUUCUUCAUCGCAUAAUGACAGUAACUUGCAAAUAUUCCUCUCGUACUUAAGUUUGAGGCGUACAAAACAGUUACUGAUAUAUAUAUAUAUAUCUACAUAUAUGUAUAUAUAUGUAUAUAUAUACAUAUAUGUAUAUAUAUAUAUAUAUAUAUAUAUAUAUAUAUAUAUAUAUAUAUAUACAUAUAUACAUAUAGAAAUGAGAUUCUUUAAGUAUUACAUACUUUGAUUUGGACAUUAAUUUUUAAUCAUAAUAUUUUUCUAAUUGAAGCAUACAUUACAUAUUCUUUAGUAAUCUAAACGAACCAAAUAGUUUUUGGUUUCUAUGGCUUGAUAUCUCUAAUUUGUACGUAGGGCUCGUCAUAUCGGAAUUCUAUCCAAUUAUCUAUACAUAUCUAUAUAUACAUACAUAUAGAAAUAUAUAUAUAUAUAUAUAUAUAUAUAUAUAUAUAUAUAUAUAUAUAUAUAUAUACAUAUAUAUAUAUAUACUAACAAAAAAUUUUGAAAUGACAAAUUUAUUUUAAUGAGUACGUUUGAAAGAUCACGGUAACAUAUUUUUGGUCCUCUAUUGAUAUAAGUGAAUGUAGCGUAAUAUAAAUAUAUGUAAACAUAUACGCGUUAUAUAUAUAUAUAGGUAUAUCAAAAUGCAUAAGCAUGAGUGAGAAUCCAAAUGAUUCGCGAUGCAAACAAGAAAAUCAAAACUGGAAAAAAACAGAAAAAAAUAGUGAACGUUGAUUAUAAAUAUAAUUCAUUGUUAAAAAAAAUAUAUAAGAAAUAAUUUCAAAGUAAUACAUCUUCAAUGAUUCUAAGUAAGGCUUCAUGCUCAAUAUUGUAUCGUGAAUCACGAUUUCCUUAUUAUUAUAGAUAGGAUAUAAUUUAUAUAAUAAUGUAUUUUUUUAUUUAAUAUAAAAACGGAUAAAGUGAUUCAAAGUGCCAAAGGCAGAUGAUUGUAUCCUACUCUGUGAAGAAAGAAAGAAAGAAAGAAAGAUGGAAAGAUGGAAAGAUGGAAAGAUGGAAAGAUGAAAAGAAAGAAAAAAAAAAAAAAUAAAACAAAAAAACUAAGCAUAAUUUAAAUAAGAAUAUAAUUAUUUAAGUAGAACAAAGACAAUAUAGCACUCAUGAAAUGCUCCCUUAGCUCGUAACUAUCUGACUAUGGUUGUGCCAGACUAUUAUUUAUUAUAAUUGUUAAAUGUGUUGAUUGAGAUAUAAGAAAAACAUUCGCAUCACACGUGUUGAUACAUUAGUAAAGGAACAUAUGAAGGUAUGUCUUAUUACGACGAUCAUGACAUUAAAUAUAUUCAUAAUAAUUUUAUACCUUUAUUUUUUUCUCAAAUGAGACAAUUUUAAAUACUUAUACGCAUUUAAUUCAAUAAUGUUUUUUUCUUUCACUUUUUUUUUUCUUUUUCUUUUUUAACUUUUUAAAUAAUAAACAUGUACAAUCGUUAUAAAUUAAAAUCGAUCAAAUUAUAAAUGAUCUGUUUUAUCUUUUGACAAAUAAUGUCAUGAACGUAGAAUUAAGCUACCUUUAAUGUUUUCUAAUAUAAGUCAACAUUAUAAACAAAUAGAAAAUCAAAACAAGACGCGCACAAUAACAUAAUUAAAUUUUUUAAUCAGAAUGGAUACUCUAUCUAUAGAUGUUACAAUAACCCAUAGAUUCUAGAGCAUUUUACAUUCCAUCCGAUUAUACUACUAUGAUGCAUUCUAUCCUUAUGAGAACAAUUAAUUAGUAAAGUUGUUCAAAUUGAUACGAUAAUAGCACUUCAUAAAUGCACUAUUACGUUAUUGUGAAUAAUUAUUGUGAAUAAUAAAAUGUUUAUCGUGCUUA